AGAUAAUGAUACUGAUAAUAAAUAAUUCCGUAUAAGGGUUUUAGGGUAUAUUCUUUAUCUCUCUAAAAAUGGUACCUUUCUCUCUCUGCCCCUCCUCCUCCUAUCCUCCUUCUUCUUCUUUCAAACUCUACCACAAGUCCCGAUUCACUGUAACCACUCUCUCCAGUCUAUGUGGUCGUAAAAGAAGGUCCGGUUCCAGCUGCCGUCUCGUGGUGCUCUCAACCCACUCCAACCCCAAAAUUCUCAAGUCCAAUCGGAGGUCGCGCUAUGGCCAGCCUCUGUCUCCCUACGACCAAGAUGACGACGAAGAGGUUUCUCGUCCUAGUGAUGUGUCGGAUGACGAUUGGUUGCUCAAUGAUGACUUUGCAGAAAUUUCAAAGUUUGAUGUUAAUAGAAAGAGGUCCAAAUCACACAAGGGAUUUGCGAAUGGUCAUUCGGAUGGCAGAAACAGCAAGCACACUCUAGAGAAAAGUAAUGCAGCAAACUACUACAAUAGUUCUAAUCAAACAAAUGGAGUCAGUUCCUUGGAUGUACCUCGCAAGGGAAAGCUGUCUACAAGGAAAGCUAUGGAGGAUAGAUUUCCUCGGCUAUCAGAAGAGGUUGAAUUGGAUGAGAAGUGGUUACCUCUUAUUGAUUACCUUAGCACAUUUGGGCUUAAGGAAUCACACUUUAUUCAAAUGUAUGAGAGGCAUAUGCCUUCUCUUCAAAUAAAUGCGUGCUCUGCAAAGGAAAGGUUGGAAUAUUUGUUGAGUGUUGGGGUCAAACAAAGAGAUGUAAGAAGAAUGCUUUUGAGGCAGCCACAAAUCCUUGAAUAUACAGUUGAGAACAAUUUGAAGUCCCAUGUUGCUUUCCUGAUGAGUUUGGGUAUUCCAAGUUCCAGAGUCGGGCAGAUUAUUGCUGCUACUCCAUCCCUCUUCUCUUAUAGUGUUGAGAAUUCGUUGAAACCCACCGUGAGAUACUUAGUUGAGGAGGUCGGGAUUAAGGAAAAAGAUUUAGGUAAAGUUGUGCAGUUAAGCCCUCAAAUUCUAGUUCAACGGAUUGAUAUAUCAUGGAAUACUCGUUUGAUUUUUCUUUCUGAGGAGAUAGGAGCACCCAGAGAUAGUAUUGUGAAGAUGGUUAAAAAACAUCCCCAGUUCCUCCACUAUAGCAUCGAUGAUGGACUGCUGCCCAGGAUCAAUUUCCUUAGGAGUAUUGGGAUGUGCAAUGCUGACAUUUUGAAAGUCUUAACUAGUCUGACACAGGUACUAUCCCUAUCACUGGAGGAGAAUUUGAAACCCAAGUACAAGUACUUGGUCAAUGAACUUCAUAAUGAAGUGCAUUCCUUGACCAAAUAUCCUAUGUACCUAAGCUUGUCUUUAGACCAGAGAAUUCGCCCCCGACAUAGGUUCUUGCUUUCUCUGAAGAAAGCUCCUAAGGGGCCAUUUCCUUUAAGUUCAUUGGUCCCCACUGAUGAAUGCUUCUGCCAGCAGUGGGCUGGAACUAGCUUAGAUAAAUAUCUGGAUUUCAGGCAGAGAUUACUGCUCAAGGAGUUUGCCAAAAAAUAUGAAAGAAAGGGAUAGCAUCUUCUCCGAAAGGAUGCCCGAGGUUACUGACAAGUGUUUGAUGAGAAGAGCAGCCUCCCUUUGCAACUUUGUCUGCGAAUGAAUUUCAAUGUAUGCCACUGUUAACAAUAAUUUCCAUGAAGUUCAGAGUUUCUGGUUAUUAUAAACCUGGAGUAAGCAAGUUUCCAGGUUGUUGACAGUUACCCGUUGGGAUGGUUAGUUUGUUUCUCAUGUAGAGUAUAUAGGUGGUACCUCACUCCACUCCAGUGCUAUUAGUUGUUCAUACAGGAGCAGCUCCAGUUUUGUAUACAACGUUACAUUCUCAGAUCGAGGCAUCUAGAUGAGUAUUAUUUUCGAGGUUCUAACUGCUUGUGACCGAAAUGACAAUACACGAGAGUCUAUGCUUUAAGGU